UGCUGCAUCACAUGUGCCCCGCGGUACCUCUUUGGAAAGUUACGUGAACGUGCCCGCGUGUUUAUUUCACCUUCACCAUUCGCUCAGUCUCGAGUCGCGAUUCACGGCGUAAUCCGCGAUUGUGUUCGACGUACGUAGACUUUCGCUUAAGACUCGCUUCGUCCAACGGGAUCUCGGUAUCUCCCGCUAUGAUUCCGUGCGUCGGUGAAGUCUUGAGAAGCACAGCGCCGUUCUGAGGAAUUUUUUCAUUUUUUUUUCUCUCCCAAGAAUCGCGAAAGGUCGAAAUCGACGUUUCGCGUAAGAUCAUCGAUCCCGCGCACUAAAUACGGGAGCCGAGCGCAUGUCUUUUGGAGAACGCGCCGAUGGUCCCCCUGUCUCGUUCGAGAUUCUCGAGCGAGACUGAUAAGACGAGUAUAUACUGCAAGCCAGCGCGAUUACUGAUGAAGACGUCGGUGCGAGAGGGAUAAACGACGAUCGAACCCACACGCGCCGAUAAAUCGCGCGAAUUAUACGCGCGACUAUUAAAUCCGUUGCGGAUGCGAUAAACCGGAUCUGACUUGUGAAAGCACCUGUUGACACCGAAAUGAACGUGCGGAACCACGGCGUCGGACUCCAAGAUACGAGAUAUAUCAAAGUGGUAUACCAAAUGUGAACAGUGUUCAAAAGCUUUGAAGGCUGAGCCACGUGCAACGAGAGGAAAGAGCUUUGUCUAAAAAAAAAGCGGCUAACUCGAUCAGCGAUAUUCUCGAAUCGGAGCCGCUCCUUUUUUCUCAACACGAUUUCUCUCCGUCCCCGGACGAGUUCAAAGAUCCUCGGCGUUAAGGGUUACUAAAAAAAAAAAAAAUUGUGUGAUUUCGUGAACGUGGAACGAAGACUCGAUUACGAGACGCGUAUCUUCUCUAAAUGGAGAUAGAAGAAAGAGACUGAGACAGAGAGAACAGAUAGAAAGGGAACGAGAGAGCGACGUUAUAUCAGCGAGUGGGGAUUCCUGAUAAAGACAGGCCGAUUGCGAGAAAAGGCAGAGAGACUGAGAAGGAAAAAUAUAAAAAAAAGAGAGAGAGUGGGAGAAAGAGAGCGCGCGUGUGUGAGAGAGAAAGAGAAAAACACCGAUGUUUCGCUAAUGUUAGAUCUUUUAUCUGCCGGACGAGCGGACCCGGGCUGAACACGGGCCCUCUUCCACCGAAAGAGCGACAAGUCGCGGCUCCGUGCCUUCGUUCUUCACACGACGAGUGACGGUUUGCAGUCGAUCCGCGUCCCUCUGAUCGUCCGGAGGACGACAAUCCGCACGACUUCGCUGAUUACAGCACGCAUCAGUCGCCGCGCCUUCCUCCUCGUCCGCCGCCUCCGCUGCGCGCUUCUCCGGCUCGGACGAGUCCCGAUCUCGUCUUCCUCUUAUUUUUUUCCUGGCACUCGUCUGCGAUUCGAAACGGAGGAUCGCCGGGCGGAUCCCGUCCAAGGAAGACCGACACGGCGACGUCGCGUGAUCGGCGGCCGACCGACCGCGAGCUGGCUGGACCCGCGAACGCUCCACCUCGGGAUCGAUCAUGGAUGACGAGAAGAUCAAGCUGUUCAAAGACAAGGCGAUUUAUGGCUAUGGGACGAGCAUUCCCCCGAAUAACAACGAGGAUGAGGAAAAUGAGAUGUCACCGCGGAAGGUCAUCUUCUGCGUUCAUGGAAAACUAUCAGGUUGUUGUACGGUGGUGAAAGGCGACGAAAAUACAACCGCGGACUAUCAACAAAAUCUGACAAUAUCUCCGGAAGAUCAUUGUCAUAGGGAGAGGAACGAGGAGAUCGACAAGAAAGCUCGAAAGAAGCUGCUGAUCGCCAGUGUGCUCUGCGUUAUUUUCAUGAUAGCAGAAAUCGUCGGCGGAGUAUUAUCAAAUAGUUUGGCAAUAGCGACUGAUGCCGCACAUUUGUUGACUGACUUCGCGUCUUUUAUGAUAUCGCUCUUUUCUAUCUGGGUCGCUAGCAGACCGGCCACUAGAAAAAUGCCUUUCGGUUGGUACCGAGCGGAGGUCAUCGGUGCAUUGACUUCGGUUCUGUUAAUAUGGGUGGUCACCGGCAUAUUAUUCUACCUAGCGAUAGAAAGAAUCAUCCACAAAGACUUCGAGCUGGACGCCACGGUGAUGUUGAUCACGUCGGCAGUUGGUGUUGCGGUAAAUCUAGUAAUGGGCCUGUCGUUGCAUCAGCACGGCCACAGUCACGGCGGACACAGUCACGGCGGGCAUAGCCACGAUAACAGCGAUGACAUGGAAGACGGACUUGAGAAUAAUCUCAAGGAGAAAAAGAAUAUCAACGUACGCGCUGCCUUCAUCCACGUUUUGGGUGAUUUUAUUCAGAGCGUGGGAGUAUUCAUCGCUGCAUUAGUCAUUUAUUUUAAGCCAAGUUGGAGCAUAGUGGAUCCAAUAUGUACAUUCCUUUUCUCCGUAUUAGUUAUCCUCACCACGGUGGCGAUUAUUAAAGACGUGGUCAACGUCUUGAUGGAGGGUAUCCCCAAGGGUUUCGAGUACUCGCAAGUGGAGAAUACCUUUAUGCAAAUAGACGGAGUCGUUAAGGUGCACAAUCUUAGAAUCUGGGCGCUCUCGCUCGACAAGACCGCUUUGUCAGCGCAUCUCGCUAUAAAACCCGGAACGAGCCCCCAGAACAUUUUGCGCACUGCCACGCGGAAUAUCCACGACAAAUACAAAUUCUUCGAGAUGACGUUGCAAAUAGAGGAGUUCAACGAGCGAAUGGAGAACUGCAAGCAGUGCAAGGCGCUAUCGCAAUAAGUUACCGCUAUUGUACUUAUGCGUGUCCUAGUCGCGGAUAUAAGGGACGCAACGUGCAACGAAGAUAAUUUUAGAAGUCUCCGUGAUCACUCCACCGAAUGAAACGAAUGAGAUUCAUUCGCGAAAGC